CCUCCCCCCCGGCCUCAGCGCGGCGCCUGGGCCCAGCGGCGAGCGCAGCGCGGAGGAGCGAAGCAGGCGGAUCCCGUCGGCGGCAGCGCGGAGCCUGGGCCCAGAGCGGCGGGGUCGGUAUCGGCGGCGCGGCCCCUUCUCCCCCCGCGCGGGGCAGCGGGCGGCCCCGGGCUGCGGGGCUUGGAAGGCGGCUCGGAGACAAAGGAGGCGGCGGGUUCGGAGCCGGCACCAGGGACCGAGAGGAGCCUCCGGGAGCCCCCGCCCGGGGUAGGCGGCACAAUGCGGCACGGGGCGGCCCGCCCGCACCGGCUGCAGCAGCGCGGGGGUCGCAGCGCGGCCCGCCCGGAGCGGGGAUAGAGGCGACGGCCGGAGCCCCAGAGCCGGGCCGGGCCCCUUCCGCGAGCAGCGUCCCCCUGGCCUGUCACACGGGGCGGCGAUGUGAGGGCCCCGGAGCCGGCAGCAGCCACAGCCGAGCAGCGGGGACCCAGCGGAAGCGGCAGCUGGCCGGGCCCGGAGGAGCCGAGCAGCGGGGAUCCGGCGGGCGCGGCAGCCGGCCCGGCCCGGAGGAGCCGAGCAGCGAGGACCCGGCGGGAGCGGCGGCCGGGCCCGGGUGUGCGAUGGAGACGCACAUCUCGUGUCUGUUCCCGGAGCUGCUGGCCAUGAUCUUCGGGUACCUGGAGGUGCGGGACAAGGGCCGGGCAGCGCAGGUGUGCACGGCCUGGCGGGACGCCGCCUACCACCGCUCCGUGUGGCGGGGCGUGGAGGCCAAGCUGCACCUGCGCCGCGCCAACCCCUCGCUCUUCCCCAGCCUGGCGGCGCGGGGCAUCCGGCGGGUGCAGAUCCUGUCGCUGCGGCGCAGCCUGAGCUACGUGAUCCAGGGCAUGGCGGAGAUCGAGAGCCUCAACCUGAGCGGCUGCUACAACCUCACCGACAACGGGCUGGGCCACGCCUUUGUGGCGGAGAUCGGCUCGCUGCGGGCGCUUAACCUGAGCCUCUGCAAGCAGAUCACCGACAGCAGCCUGGGCCGCAUCGCCCAGUACCUCAAGGGCCUCGAGGUGCUGGAGCUGGGCGGCUGCAGCAACAUCACCAACACCGGCCUCCUACUCAUCGCCUGGGGUUUGCAGCGCCUCAAGAGCCUCAACCUGCGCUCAUGCCGCCACCUCUCUGACGUGGGCAUUGGGCACCUGGCCGGCAUGACCCGCAGUGCAGCUGAGGGCUGCUUGGGCCUGGAGCAGCUCACGCUGCAGGACUGCCAGAAGCUGAGCGACCUCUCACUAAAGCACCUGGCCCGAGGGCUGGGACGCCUCCGCCAGCUCAACCUCAGCUUCUGUGGGGGCAUUUCAGAUGCGGGGCUGCUCCACCUGUCCCACAUGAGCAGCCUGCGCAGCCUCAACCUGCGCUCCUGCGACAACAUCAGCGACACCGGCAUCAUGCAUCUGGCCAUGGGCAGCCUGCGCCUUUCGGGCCUUGAUGUUUCCUUCUGUGACAAGGUGGGGGACCAGAGCCUAGCCUAUAUCGCACAGGGCCUGGAUGGGCUGCGUUCCCUCUCCCUCUGCUCCUGCCACAUCAGCGAUGAGGGCAUCAACCGUAUGGUGCGUCAGAUGCAUGGGCUCCGCACACUCAACAUUGGCCAAUGUGUCCGUAUCACUGACAAGGGCCUGGAGCUCAUUGCAGAGCACCUCAGCCAGCUCACAGGCAUUGAUCUUUAUGGCUGCACCCGCAUCACUAAGCGGGGCUUGGAGCGCAUCACCCAGCUGCCCUGUCUCAAGGUGCUCAACCUGGGACUUUGGCAAAUGACUGAGAGUGAGAAGGUCAGGUGAGAGGAGGGGGCACCUGGAGACCUCCAUCUCUCUGGAGGGACUCACUGACUGACUGCUGCAAUGGAGGAGAGAGAGAGUGGAGGGAGGGCACACACAGAGCCAUGCUACCUGCCUACUCCAGCACUGGAAGGAGGGAGGGAUAGAGAGAGCCCACCCCUAUCCUUUCCAUGCCACCUACCCACCUCUGCACUGGCUGGGGCAGGAGAGGGAAGAGAGAGAACCUCCAUUUCUUCCAUGCCAUCACCAGUCCUCCAUUGGGAAUACAUUACCCCUUUCCUCAUCCUUCUCUGCAUUGGGGAUAGAGGCCUGCAAUUUUAUGCACUGGGGCUGGAGAUACCCCUCCCCAUUCCAGCUAUGAUUCUACCCCCUCAUGCACUAGGGAUUGAUGAAGAAAGUCCCCCAUUCUUAUUCACCUCCAGUCCUGCUCAGUUUUGGGAAUAGGGACCUUCUCGAAUGGGGAUGGGGAUGGAAAUGGGAACAACCCCUCUGCCCUCCCUCCCCCCCCCCUCCCCCGAAAAAAAAAAAGCAGCUUAUUAGCCACAUGUUCCAUAUCCACUGACCCCAGUCCUUCUGCACUGGGUACAAAAACACCCCCUUGUCAUACCAUUCCAAUUCUUUUCUUCCCCAUCCCAACUGGGGAUUGUGACAGAAAUAGCCUUUCCCAGCUAUACAUAUUCCAUCAAUUUCCAGUCCCACCCUCAUCUUCACUUCUACCCCCUUUUGCCCUGUGGUUGGAUACAAUCUCCCACAACACCAGUUCUCCGGUGCAUUGGAUAUAGAGAGAGCUACACUGGUCCCCUCCCCUCCUGAGUUGAGUAUAAGGACAUGAUUCCUUUGCACCCUGCACUGUGGUUGGAGAGAGAGCCUAGACCCUCCACUCUUUUCCCAUCUCCCUGCAUUGGGCUGAAGGUAGACUCCUAAUACUUCUCCCUCCUUCUUGUACUGGGGGUGAAGACACCAUUUCCCCCUUACCCUAUUCCCAAUAGAGAAGAAGACAGAUCCCAGUCUCUUCAAAUGUCCCACCUGCACUGGAGGGAUGGAGUCACCUUAGCUAUUCAUCUUCCCUUUCAUUUUUCUCUCUCUUCCUCCUCUUUCUUGGAAGUGGGGAUAAAGACAUAUCCAGCCACACAUCCAUUUCCCCUUUGGAUUGGGGGUGAAUGGGGCAGAGGGGAUGACCAAGCUCCUAUCUAUCCAGGGGACUUAAGAAAGAAUCUCCAGCUUCAUUUUUGCUUUCAUUUGAGAUACUGUGACGUGGUUUUAUUUUGAAAUGCGUACAAAAAAUUACUACUACAAAACAGCCUCUUACCACCACCACCCUCCCCUUGCUUACAUCCUGUUUCUGAUCCCAGUUUUUCUCAUCUUUUCUUUCUUCAGUAUUCAUUUUCUUCCAUGGUUUUAUUUUUAAAGACAUUUGAAGUUGCUGUUCUUGUGGAUUUUAAAGUACGUUUUUUUCUGCUGAAUAUAUUCUAUAUAUAUAUAUAAAUAUAUAUAUAAUGUCUGGCUACCUCGUUUUAAUUUGUUACUUUUUUCUCAAAAGCCCUGGAAUUCUUACAAGAAAGAGAUUUUGAGACUGAAACAUUUUUGUGCCUAGACUGGAAAGAUGCCCCUUGGGUUUGUAACUUUUUUUUGGUUGAUUUUUUUUUUUUUUUUUUUUUUUAGCUUUCCCUAACAUGCCCCACCUUCACAUUCUGACUGUGCCUCUCCCUCCCUCUCCACUGGGGCUUGGGGAUCUAACUGUGCUUCUGCAUUUUUAUUCCUCUAGCAGAAACAUGUGUAACAUGUGAAAAUCCAUACUGAGGAUUGGGGUAUUGAAAUGUGUGAAAUGCAAGUUCAGUUUCAUAUAUAUAUA